UUUGCCGGCUUGCGAUCGCCAGUUGCCGCCAGUCUGUGCCGACCGCUAGACGUCAGACAGGGAGUGUGCCAGUGCAGUAGUAUCCGACUAUUCAUCGUGUUCACUCGUCGUCCGACUUUGUGCCCAUCGCUGGUCAGUCAGUCUGGAGAGUGGAGAGUCAAUGCGCGCCCGUUGCUCUGUCCCUUGAUAGUAGUCUAUAUAUAACUGAUCAUCGUUUUUUCGGUAGGCCUUUAACGGGUUUUUUAUAAAAUCGUUUCUCAGAGAUCCGUCGACUACACCGUAGUCGUCCGCACAUCCGAAACGCCAAGUUAAUAUUAUUAAUAACACAAUAUUCAACGUUAAUAAUAUUAUUAUUAUUGUCAUGUCGUCGCGAUGAUGUCCCGUCACCCGUCAUCCGAACGCCACUCGCGGCCGUCGAGUUAUUGACCCAUCAACAUAUGCUAUUGGCCGCCGCUUGCUUGUCAUCGGUUACGAAAUCGGAAAUAGGUCCCCGCGGGCCAUCGACUACCAAUCAUCCAUCCGCCCUGAGACCGGCUCCGUCAUUGUUACAUACGAAGUGAUUACAUCCCGCAGGAGGUAAAUUACUAUGGACGCUGGGUUUAAAGAAGAGCGGCCUCCUCAUCCUAGAGCCAAAGCCAACAUUUUUGAAAUCCUCACAUUUGGGUGGACUUUAAAACUCUUCAAAACUGGACGAAAAAGAGAUUUAGAAGUAAAUGAUUUAUAUACAACACUAAAUGAUCAUUCUUCAGCAUCAUUAGGAAAUGAAUUAGAAAAGAAAUGGAGAAUAGAAUUAGGUAAAGCAAAACAGUCAAAUCGACAGCCUAGUCUAUUAAGAGCUUUACUUCAAAUGUUUGGACCAAAAUUGAUGUUAUAUGGAUUUUUACUUUCAAUUGUUGAAAUUGUAUUAAGUGUAUGCCAGCCGAUCUUCUUGGGUCGUAUAAUCGCACAAUUUGAACCAGACAUACCAUCAGAUCAGUCUUCUCAUCUUGGGAUAUUUUAUGGGAGUUGCUUGUUGGGAGCCGUUGCGUUGAAGACUUUUGGUUUCACCGCCUACGAUAUGCUCACCACGCAUAUGGGCAUGAAGAUGCGCGUGUCUACGUGUUUUCUCAUUUAUAAUAAGGCAUUACGGCUAAGUAAAACUGCUCUUGGUGAAACCACAGUCGGUCAAGUAGUAAAUUUAUUAUCAAAUGAUGUAAAUCGAUUUGAUAUAGCAGUAAUAUUUCUGCACUAUCUAUGGAUCGGUCCCUUGGAAACGAUUGUGGUCACAUAUUUUUUGUGGCAAGAAGUAGGAGUGUCAUCAAUAUUUGGAGUAGGCGCAUUACUUAUGUUUAUUCCUUUACAAGGCUGGUUGGGAAAAAAAACUUCAGAACUUCGACUGAAGACAGCUAUCCGGACUGACGAGAGGGUUCGUUUGAUGAAUGAAAUCAUUUCUGGCAUACAAGUAAUUAAAAUGUAUACUUGGGAAAAACCUUUCGCCUACCUUGUACAAUACGCUAGAAAGAAAGAAAUUCAACAAAUUAAGGGAUCCUCUUACAUCAGAGGUGUCUUGUUGUCAUUCAUAGUAUUUCAUACUAGAAUUGCUUUGUUCUUCAGUAUUUUGUCAUAUGUGCUGCUCGGAAAUUUUAUCACCGCCCAAAAAGUUUUUGUCAUAACUUCAUACUACAAUAUAUUACGAACAACGAUGACGGUGUUUUUCCCUCAAGGUAUUGGACAAAUUGCCGAGAUGUUAAUAUCCAUCAAACGCUUACAAAAUUUUCUACUGUAUGAAGAAAAAAACACUCAAGUGGCAAACCGUUCAAAAGCUGACAAGGCUUCUAAUGGUGUUAGAAAACCAAUCAUUAUUAAUGACAACAAUAUAUCCCCAUUGAAUGAUCAAAAUGAUCCUGAUCAAUUAGGCAAUUUAGGCAUAGUUGUUUCUAAUGCUACUGCUAAGUGGACAGAUGCUCAAACUGAAAAUUCUUUAGAAAAUAUCAAUCUAACCGUAAAACCCGGUAGAUUAGUUGCUGUCAUUGGUCCUGUAGGAGCCGGAAAAAGUUCAUUGUUACAUGCAAUUUUACGAGAAUUACCACUUUCCGAAGGAAAUAUUUCUGUGCGUGGUGUAGUAUCUUAUGCAUCGCAAGAACCAUGGUUAUUUGCCGGAUCAGUUCAACAAAACAUUCUAUUUGGUUUGCCAAUGGACAAGGAACGUUAUAGAAAAGUUAUAAAAGUAUGUGCAUUGAAAACAGAUUUUGAACAAUUUCCUUAUGGUGAUAGAACAAUUGUAGGAGAAAGAGGAGUUUCACUCAGUGGUGGACAAAGAGCAAGAAUUAAUUUAGCUAGAGCUGUUUAUAAACCAGCGGAUAUUUACUUAUUGGAUGAUCCUUUAUCUGCUGUUGACACUCAUGUUGGCAAGCAUCUAUUUGAGAUAUGCAUUAAAGGCUAUCUGAAAGAAAAGACUUGUAUUCUUAUUACUCAUCAAUUACAAUAUCUAACUAAAGUUGAUCAAAUUAUUUUGAUGGAAAAUGCAAAUAUAUUAGCUGAAGGUUCAUAUCAGGAACUUCAAUCUUCUGGUUUAGACUUUACAAAAUUGCUCGGAUCUUUAGUAGAAACCACUGUUGUAUCAGAUAAUGAAUCUAAUUCUAAAUAUGAAAGUACCCAUACAUUAAGUCCUCGUACUAUUUUAUCAAGACAAGUUUCUAUUCAAAGUGUUGCUUCAUCCAUUGAUGAGAGCAAACUUGGAGCUCAGGAAGAACCAAUCGAAGUAGCUGAAACUCGUUCAUCUGGAAAUAUUUCACUUACUGUAUACUCAUCAUAUUUUUCUGCUGGUGGAAAUGCUUGUAAAAUUUCAUUUUUAUUAUUUAUGUGCGUUUUCACCCAAGUCUUAGCAUCUGGUGGAGAUUAUUGGAUAACAUAUUGGGUCAAUCUAGAAGAACUUGUUUUCCGUAAUACAAGUAGUAUAAACGAUAAUACAUUGAUAACCACAGAUGAUAAUAGUACAACUACAUCUACAACUAGUUUUAUAUCUGAUCAAUUGUUGUGGUGGACAAUUUCACGGCAAACUUGUAUCAUAGUUUUUGCUGUCUUAACAUUUUCUAUGAUAUUGGCUACCCUUGUCAGGUCUGCUACAUUUGUAUCGGUUUGUAUGAGAGCUUCUAUGAAUUUGCACAACAAGAUGUUCAAUGCUAUAACCAGAGCCACAAUGUAUUUUUUCAACACAAAUUCAUCUGGACGAAUUCUUAAUCGAUUUUCAAAAGAUAUGGGCGCAAUUGACGAAAUGUUACCAGUAGCUUUAAUGGAUUGUAUUCAAAUUGGAUUAACACUAAUGGGAAUUAUCAUUGUUGUUGGACUAGUGAACAUUUAUCUUAUGAUACCAACGUUCAUAGUUGGAAUUAUUUUUUACAAAAUUCGAGUUUUCUAUUUAUCGACUUCUCGAAGUGUCAAACGAUUGGAAGGAGUUACACGGAGCCCCGUAUUUGCACAUUUGAAUGCAUCUUUACAGGGCUUAACAACAAUUAGAGCAUUUGAAGCAGAACAAAUUUUAUCGAAAGAAUUUGACAACCAUCAAGAUUUACAUUCUUCAGCAUGGUAUUUAUUUAUUUCUUCAAGUAGAGCAUUUGGUUUUUGGUUGGAUAUAGUCUGCCUCAUCUAUAUAAGCGUAGUAACAUUCAGUUUCUUAAUUAUGGGCAGUAAUACAUUUGGAGGAAAUGUUGGUCUGGCUAUUACUCAAGCAAUUGGAUUGACUGGCAUGUUCCAAUGGGGAAUGAGGCAAUCAGCUGAAUUAGAAAAUCAAAUGACAUCAGUUGAAAGAGUACUAGAAUAUACCAAUGCCCCACAAGAAGCUGCUCUUGAAUCACCUCCAGAGAAAAAACCAUCAAAGGAUUGGCCUCAUAAAGGACAAAUCAUAUUCAAAAACUUUUAUUUACGUUAUAGCCAAGAUUCACCACAUGUUUUGAAAGAUCUCAAUAUUAAAAUUGAAUCAAUGGAAAAAAUCGGAAUUGUUGGUAGGACUGGUGCUGGAAAGUCAUCCUUGAUAGGAGCAUUGUUUAGAUUAGCUGUAAAUGAAGGUUCCAUUUUUGUCGAUGAUUUAGACAUUAAUGAUUUGGGACUACAUGAACUUCGGUCCAAACUUUCCAUCAUUCCUCAGGAACCAGUUUUAUUUUCGGGGACAAUGCGAAAAAAUUUAGAUCCUUUUGAUGAAUAUCCAGAUCAUGCUCUUUGGAAUGCUUUGGACGAAGUUGAACUUAAGGAUGCAGUUGAAGAUUUACCUGGUGGCCUAAACUCAAAAAUGUCUGAAGGUGGUUCAAAUUUCAGUGUUGGUCAAAGACAAUUAGUGUGUUUGGCAAGAGCUAUAGUGCGAAACAAUAAAGUUCUAGUGUUAGAUGAAGCCACUGCCAAUGUUGAUCCACAAACUGAUGCAUUGAUUCAAAAUACUAUUCGAAAUAAGUUCAAAAUGUGUACAGUCUUAACAAUCGCUCACCGUUUGAAUACUGUUAUGGAUUCUGACAAGGUUCUUGUAAUGGAUGCUGGUAAGAUGGUUGAAUUUGAUCAUCCGUAUAAUUUGUUGAAAAACAAAGAUGGGUUUUUGUACAAAAUGGUGGAUCAAACUGGAAAGGCUACAGCUGAUUUGUUGCAUAGUGUAGCUGCCGAGAGCUAUAGAACCCAGCAGUUGACUAGAGAAUCUCCAAUCAAAUUAAUUGACGAAGAUGUAGAUGACACUAGUAGGAAUAACUAGUUGUUUUUAUUUCCAAAGUUAUUAAUAUUAAUCACGUGAUGCCUUACAUAAUAUAUUAUAUAAAACAUAUUUUUAAUUGUUCUAACUUAAAGUUCACAAUAUUAUGUUUACCAUGAUAAAUGUCCACAAUGUCAACAUUGCUGUGUUAUUUUAAGGAAAUUUUAUACAACCAAUUUAUUCUAUAUAUAUAUAUGUUUUAAAUUCAAAUCAAAUUAGUUCUUACGUAGUCAAUGUUAGUAUUUCCAAAACAUGUAGACAUUAAAUUUUGUUUUAUGGUUUAUAUUGUAUACUAUAAGGAUAAGUAAGUUGUUGUCUGUUAAAUUCUAUGUGUUUAUAUUGUUAAAAUAAAGAUGAUCACUUUUGUACUUAA